GGUUAGAUAAAAAAUAUCUAAAUCAAGUCUUCUUAUAAAACUGUUUCUGUCACAUCAUGACAAUUAAUGGAUAUAAUUAAUCUUUUCAUAAUACAAUUUGCUAAAAGUAGCAAUCAAUUGUCAAACAUAGUCUCUAAUAACAAGAAAUGGGUCUACUUUUCACUAAGAUAUGGUCAUUGUUUACAAAUGAAGAGCAUAAAAUUGUCAUAAUUGGUUUAGAUAAUGCUGGAAAAACGACAAUUUUAUACCAAUUUAUCAUGAACGAAGUUGUACAUACAUCGCCGACAUUAGGAAGUAACGUUGAAGAGGUUGUUUGGAAAAAUAUCCGUUUCAUAAUGUGGGACAUCGGCGGUCAAGAGUCCCUUCGACAAGGAUGGAGUGCCUAUUAUAGUAAUACAGAAUUUAUAAUACUUGUUAUCGACUCAACUGAUCGAGAAAGGUUGAAAUUAUCUAAGGACGAGCUUUGGAAAAUGUUAUCUCACGAAGAUUUAAAGAAAGCAUCUAUUUUGAUUUAUGCUAAUAAACAAGAUGUAAAAGGGUGUUUGACGCCAGCAGAGAUUUCAGAUCAAUUAAGUCUAACGUCAAUCAAGAAACAUCAUUGGCAAAUACAAGCUUGCUGUGCCUUAACCGGAGAAGGUUUAUACCAAGGACUCGAAUGGAUUGCCAAUCAGCUGAAGGCCCGAAGUUGACCUUGUUUUGUUGACCUUUUUUAUUUUGUAAGCUACAUCGGACCAUAAACUCAUGAUAUUUUUAAUUGAACGUUUAAAAGAGAUGGCCACUGGCUCUAAGUUGUAAUCAAAUUGAAUUCCCGAUAAAUAUGGUAGAUCAAGAAAUGAGAAUUGAAACAACAAUUGAAAUGUUGAGUGAUCCAAAUAUUGAUCGGUAUCAAGUCAUUUAAUUAAUUCAUCUGACAAUUUCCAUUAAAUGAUUUUUUUAUAUUUGUAAAA